AUGGAAGACAGAACACACAACAACAUUACAGAAUUCCUUUUAAUUGGUUUCCCUACAUUUGUGCCCUGGCACUGGACUGUGUUUUUUGUUUUCUUGAUUAUGUACAUGUUAACUUUAACUGGAAAUAUCAUUAUUAUAAUAAUAGUGAGGACAGACUCCUGUCUUUCCAGCCCAAUGUAUUUUUUUAUCAGCAACUUAUCCUUCAUUGAAAUAUUAUACACUUCCGUCACAAUUCCCAAACUUUUAGCUCUUGUAAUUGGAAGGAGCCUUUCAAUUACAUUUAAUAAUUGCCUUAUUCAGUUCUAUUUCUUCUUCUCUUUGGGGGCCACUGAGUGUUUUCUUUUAACAGCUAUGUCUUAUGAUCGCUACAUUGCAAUUUGUAAUCCGCUUCACUACAUUCAUAUAAUGAGCCACUCAAUAUGUGUUUACCUGGUUUUGGCGAGUUGGACAGGAGGGUUCGUACUUAACCUAUUCCCUGUUUUUUUAAUAUCGAAACUAAAGUUUUGUGGCAGAAACAUUCAGCAUUUUUUCUGUGACCUUUCCCCUCUCUUGAAGCUUGCAUGCCAAAAUACAUAUGACAUUGAGACAUUGAACUUUUUCACUGCAUUUGCCAUUGUAUUAUUUUCAUUCUCAAUAACAUUGGUCACCUACAUCCGAAUCAUUAUCACAAUUUUAUCAAUUUCUUCCUCACUUGGAAGGCAGAAAGCUUUUUCUACCUGUGCUUCUCACCUCAUUGUUGUUCUUAUAUUUUAUGGAGCUUUAGCAUUUGUGUAUGUUCGUCCCAGGGCAAGCACAUCUUUUGAAUUAAAUAAAUUUUUAUCAAUGAUAUACAUCAUAGUAACUCCAAUAGCGAACCCCCUUAUUUAUAGUCUCAGAAACAAAGAUGCAAAAAUGGCUAUUAAAAAAGUAAUAUUUAAAAAAAAAUUGUAA